AUGGUCUUUUCCUCGUCGGUUCUCCUCGUCCAACACCACAUGCUGCACUACAACCAGGCAAUGGCGACACUUCAAUUAGCUCAGAUCGGACUAGAGUUGCAGUACUACCACACACAGCUGGCCCAGUUACAGCAAUAUUUCCAUAAUUCCCCGCAGCCACCCAUCGAGCGCUCUGUCCAGUCUGCUCCUGGCCAUGAAAGGGAUGUUCACGAUGACGAUAAUCUUGAUGGUAUUGAGGGAUAUCAUUACUGCUGUCAUCUAUGUAUCAAAUUUUAUGAUGACCAUUUGACCCUACAAGCUCAUUGCCGUGAAGAGCAUCCCUUAUACUGCGGAACAUGUCGGCGCUGGUUCAAGAACGAGUCAGGCUUGGAGGGUCAUCUAAAGUCUUCCAUACACCAAGAACGCACUCUCGCCUGUCCAGGACGCUUGUGUACUAAGCUCUUCCUCUCCGGAGCGGGCCUCGUCAAUCAUCUCGAAUCAGGUGCCUGCCGCUCAGGUGUGUCCCGCCAGCAGAUAAAUUGUCUCGCGAUUCAGUACGACAAGAACAAUAUCAUCACAAAUCCGGCACGACUUAUCCAUGGUUCCGAUGGAUACGCCGCGCCGGAGAGCGUAGUGACGAUAUGGGCGACGGAAAGCGCGUUUAACGGGCGCAUGUACGAAUGCUUGUUGUGCCACCGCGAGUUCAGGAAGCUCCAUUCGCUCAAUGAGCAUCUCGGAAGCCCCGCACACGACGAGGAAAUAUACAGAUGCCCGAAGGAUUGGCAGGGCUGUGGCGCUGAGUUCAGGACGCUCAGCGCGCUCUGCCAGCACGUCGAGUCCGAAUCCUGUGGCAUUCGUCGGUUCAAGGAUCCGAUGGAGAAUGUCAUUGGCUCGAUAUCGGGGAGCAUGAAGAAACUCGUUCUCUGA